AUGGCUCCUAUCAGCCGCACUGUGACAUCAUUCCCUACACCGGUCACAACUCCAUCAUUGGCUCCCUUCGUAGAUGAUGUGCCAACCUCAAGCCCCAUGGUUACUCCAUCUGUUGCUCCAGUGGUUUCUCCAUCCAUGGUUGUCAUUCCCACCACUGUGCCAACUGAAGAAGGUCCGCCAGGGACCAACCCUGCUGAUAAGGAUUCUCCGAGUGCCAUGCCAAGUGCCAUGCCAAGUGACAAUCCAACCAUGUCACCAAUGUCAUUGACCACAGCAAUUCCCACAGUUUUAUCCAUGGAAUCACAACCACCGAACGCUCCUGUACCCGCUCCCCCUGUUCCAACACAAGGUCUCGAUUGUGAAUCAUUUGAUUCGGAAACUGCAUUUGGCGAGCCAACAGACCAGAGCAAUUCAGUUCGAAUACCAACUCGAUGGGGUUGGUAUUGGAGCACAUCAAGUUUUGCGGCAACGAUGUCUGAAGUUACCAUGGACCUGUGGGUUGGUGCGGGUCAGUACAAUGAUAUGAAUGAAGGCACAUUCGCUGGAUCUGUCUCGGUGACAGUCCAAGAAUGUCAGUCUUUCAACCCCUUGUUUGCUUCUGUUGAUUGGACUGAUGCAUUCAUGGAGCCGGGCAGCUGUGUAAGCAGCCCCCCGGACAACAGACAUGUGCAUGUUGGUGAGCAGCUGCCUAUGGUGGGGAAGGGCAAAACAACGUUUGCACCUGGCCAAUACAACUUUGGUUGUUGCACAGUGGGAAGCCCAUGCUUUGUAAUUGUUCAUGCUGCUGUUUCUGUCUACGAUGAUGGGUGUUGCCAUGCAUUGGAUAGUCCAAGUGCCAGUCCAUCUGACCCUACCAGGCUUACUAGCUUCAACCCCUUGGACCCAGUGCCAUCAAGCUCGCCAAUGUUGCCAGCUCUAAGUCCUGUUGUCAUGGGCUCAGCCAGCCCUGUGACCAAUCCAACGUCAGUUACUGGCAGUCCCAAUAUGAUGACUCCUGUCAUGACAGGAGGCCCAACCCAAGUGGUGACGCCCAGUUCGCCUGUACCAGCAAUUCCAACCAAAAACCCUUUGCCGAAUCCUCCUGGCAAUGCUGGUGACAGACCCAGGGGCACAAUGCUUCCUUCGAUGGUGGCAUCAACAAGCAACAAGACCACUAUUCAACCCAACGAUUUCAGGACAACAACACUGCCCCCCAUGAAUUCAACAGCAAAUGAGACAAUGGCACCUUUCAAUUUUGGCUUCCCACCAAUGCCCACCACUUCCAGUUCACCUGCGAGUAGCGUUCCCGUGAUGUCUCCAUUGCCUAAUGAAACCUGCAGCAUCGUUGAAAGUGGCACACUUUUCAGCAAGCCAAAUCACAACAAUUAUUUUACACAGAUGACAGGUCGCUUUGGAUACUACCAUCACGAAUGGUACUUUACCGGCAACGACAGCGCCUACACGAUGGACACAUGGAUGGGAACCGGCACCUGCCAAGAAUCCCAAUCGCAAAAUCUUGUGUACGCAGGACAGAUACGUGUAAACGUUGCUACCUGUGGCUGUGAUGAUAACAGUCACAAGUCAAGUGUUGACUGGUCUGAGGUGCUUGAAGCCGAGAACCAGACUGACCUCUGUCUGCGAAGUGAACCGUGUGAACGAUAUGUCCACGUCGGGAACACCUUGCCCACGACCUGUGGGCACACCUCCUUUGCACACGAGCAUUUCCAGCUUGGUUGUUGCGUGGUUGGACAGCCCUGUUUUGUGAUUGUUGAAGCCACUGUUCAUUCAUACGAGCGUGGUUGCUGCAGCUGCGAUAGUUCGCCUUGA